AGUGAGCAGAGCAUCUGUCAGGCGCGGGCCACCGUGAUGCUGUAUGAUGACGGCAGUAAGCGCUGGAUGCCGGCUGGUUCUGGAGCUCAGGCCGUCAGCAGGAUCCACAUCUUCCAGAACUCCAGCAGCUGCAGCUUCAGGGUGGUGGGACGCAAACAGCAGGCUGAUCAGCAGGUGGUCAUUAACUGUCCGCUGGUUCGAGGGAUGAAAUAUAACCAGGCUACGCCGACUUUUCACCAGUGGCGGGAUGCGCGGCAGGUCUGGGGUCUGAAUUUCGGCAGUAAAGAGGAGGCGUCUCAGUUCGCCAGCGGGAUCAUGCAGGCUCUGGACAUGCUCAGCGGAAACACAGACGCUGGUGUGUGUGCGCCUCCUCCCCGACCGCCGCAGAAUGGUCCGAGCGCUGAGGAGUUGGAGCAGAAGAGGAGACAGGAGCAGCAGGAGAGAGAGAGACAAGAGCAGGAGCGUCUGGAGAGAGAGAGGCGGGCGUCUGCUCCCCCGCCUCCGCCUUCUGCUCCUCCUCCUGCUCCAGCUUCUGGUCCGCCUCCACCUCCUGGACCUCCCCCUGCUCCAGGACCACCACCCCCACCCCCACCCCCACCUCCUUCAGGAGGCGGAGCCCCGCCAGCACCGCCCCCACCAUCUGGAGGAGGAGGCGGUGGUGGAGGUGGAGGAGGAGGAGGGGGAGAUGGAGGUCUGGCCUCUGCGCUCGCUGGAGCUAAACUACGCAAGGUAGCCAAGGAUGACAGUGGAGGACCAGCUCCUGCAGCGAGUGCCAGUUCAGGAGGUGGAGGUGGAGGCAGCAGUGGAGGUGGAGGUGGAGGUGGAGGUGGAGGCGGAGGUGGACUGAUGGGUGAAAUGAGCGCAAUUCUUGCUCGACGAAGGAAAGUUGCUGACACUCCAGUGGUGAAGAAGGAAGAAUCGUCUGGUGAUUCAGCAAGCAAUGACUCCAAAGCUGCAGACGUGGUGAAGAAGCCUUGGGAGAAACCGUCCUCAGUGACACGGGUGAAUUCCGGCUCUAAGACUCAAGACAAGAGUCCAGUGUCUCCUGCAACUGCGGCUCCGUUGAGCAGGCUGAGAUCUGGCAGCAAUACUGGAGACUCCGGAUCCAAAGAUGCUUCAGACAUGGAGAAACUCAAGCAGGACAUACUGGAUGAGAUGCGCACGGAGCUGCAGAAGGUGAAGGAUGAAAUCAUCAGUGCUCUGCUGGAGGAGCUGCAGAAGAUCAAUGUGGCGUAGAAGCGUAUUAAAGAGACCACAACACAACAGAACACACAUCCUCAUCCGCUUCACUGCCUUUCAGUUCCCACUGUCUGUUUUAAAGCCUCAUGAUCUCUAUUAAUAUUCUCGGACCCGCUGCUGAGUUGCCCGUUCACUCUGUUAGUUGCACUGUGCAUUUGUGUCUCAGCAACUCAACUUCUGUUUUCGUGCAUGUAGCUCUCUAACAUGUGUGUAUCUUGAAAUAGUGUCACUGGUUCAUGAUUCUAGUAAUGAGAGGUUAUUUAUCAUCUACUGUUAGUUAAACACAAGGGAGAGACUUGUAUAAAUGUAAAAACACAUACAUGAUCAAUUGUACAAUAAAACAAAAAUGCAUCAUUUUAAUUAAACAAUUAAAUUAGCAUCAAUAAAUCAAUGACUAAACAUGUAAAUAAACAGUGUUGGGUAAAAAAAAAAGGUUUUAUAUUAGAAUUUACUAUAUAUUUAUUUAAAAAGUAAGUUACUUUUAGUGAAAGUCAUGUAAAAGUAUGUUGUUAUUUUUUAUUUAUGUAUAUUUAAAGAUUAAGAUGGACUUAAAUGUGUAAAGUGUGUAUUUUUUACCCAACACUGUAAGCAAAUAACCAUACAGACUAUUUCAGUGGCUGAAAACAAGGAUUACUAUUAAAUUUAGUUACAAACAUUUACUAAGAUAACCUAACAGUUAAAUAAAGACUUCAAUUAUAUGAGAUUCACUGCAGUAGUUAUUAAAAUGCAGUGUUAAAAUUAAAACUAAAUGUGAUUUAAUGGAACAGUAAACAUGAUAGACAGACCUUAGAAAGUGUAGCAAAUAAAAUAAUAAUGAAAAUGGAUGAUUUUGGGGUGUUCGGGGUCCAAAAACCCCUGUGUUUGUUGAGCACGUAUGAAUAAGACGAGUGAAUAUGAUGUCUCAGGGAAAAUGUGUGUGUGUGUGUGUGUGUGUGUGCAAGCAAACUGUUUUAAUGUUGUAUUUUGUGUCUAGUUAACAAAACUGUUCUGCUUUCUGGACAUGUACUAUGGUAUUUAUGUGUGAUGAUGAUCUGUGAGAAAUUUCACUGUUUGUUUUUGACACGCUGUCACUGUUUGACGGUCAGAGAUCCGCUUUGCAGCUCUUAAAAGUGCAAAUAAAAGUGGCUCAUUUGAAGCAGCUGA